GUUCGGAGACGAACUCGGCGGCGUUCAGGUCUGGGCGCGGAACCCCACUGCUUCACCAGUCCCUCCGAGAGAGGGAUGGAAAGUUCCCUGGGAUGCUCCGGCAUCGGAGCCCGGGCUCCUCCUGGUGGAGCCUUUCGUUCAGCAGGCGCAGUCCGUUGAAGCAGGCGAUGGUGGAAACGAUCUUGGCAAGGUCACGGAUGAGAUCCAGGCAUCCAUCGCAGAGGUGGAGAAGGCAGAGCAUGAGGCAAAGUCGGCGCUAGCCAGCUCCGCAUCCGUCCUGGAGAGCUCUCCCGCGCGAGAAUCUCUGCAGGAUCUGGUGCAGGUGCUGGAGACCGAGAAGGCUUCCACGCAGGAACUUCUUCAGAAAGUGUCGAUGCAGACCAGCCAAGCGCGCAAAGGAGGGGCUUCCUCUAAGCCGGUGUUGAACUCCCUGCUGCCGCUGCUUCCCCGGCUUCGAUCCGUGCAGGCGAGCCUUAGCACAGAGCUGCAGAAGGUGCGUGUGGAGAUGUCGAAGCCGCGCGUUGCGACCAAGCAAGAGCCACCAAAGACGCAGCCACCGAAAGCGCAGCCGCCGAAGCCGCAGCCGGCGGGACGUGGGCCAGCGACCGUGCCGCCGAAGCCGCAGCCGGCGGGACGUGCGCCAGCGACCGUGCCGCCGAAGCCACAGGCGCCCAUUGCCAUCAAAGCCGAAGAGAAGGCUGCCGCCGAGCUCUCCGACAUCGCUAGGGCGGAGGAAGAGAUGGCCGAAAUCGAGGAGUCGGUACGGUCCAUUGCGGACAUGGCUGACCCCCUUAUGGCGGAACCCCCCGACGGGGAGAGCGAGAUGCUGCAGUCGGCCAUCGACGAGGUGGAGACAGCCGCCAAGGAGUGCGAGAAGCGGGUCGCACCAGCUCGCCUUCGCUUCUCGAAGCUCCAACAGGCUGCGAAGAACCUCCCCUUGGAUGUCCGCGCACAGCCUUUGGCCGACACCGUGGCGCUGCACAACCGACUCUCUGAGGCCAUGAAGAAGAUCCUCCCCUUGAAGACCUUCCGGAAGGACUUCCAGGAGCGCCUGGCGGCCAAGAGGUCUUUGGACGCCUUCAGCAAGAAGGUCUCAGAGGCGGAGCUGGAGGUGGAGAAGGUUGCGAUGAUGCACACCCUGGCCGAGAACGUUCAGAUGUGCGAGGAGGAGAUAACUUCAUCCGAGUCCGUCCUGCGUCCUGCUAUCCUGUCGCUCGUGCAGCUCUUGCGCACGGUGGAGCAGAGGCUCGCGUCGGCCAAGGGUCCCAUGAAGGUCGAGCUGGUGAACAUCAAGGACAAGAUCAACGAGCUCAAGCAGAAGGGCGCAACGCUUUCGAGAAGCAUCGCGCAACAGCAGGCCGGCCUUGCCUCACAGAAGGUGCUGAAAGAGGCCGCGGAGACUGUGGCGCAGGUGGAGGAGCUGCUCAUGAUGUGCACAGAGGCAGAGAUGCCCUUCUUGAAGGGACUGGAGGUCCUCCCGCCGGAGGAAUGCGCAGCCUUCUUGUCUGCGGGAUUUGACAGCGUAGUCAAGGCAUACUGGGUCAAAUCUACUGGCGAGCUGCUUUGGGUUCUGGCUCCUUUCAUGACGCUCUACCUUGGCAAAGGUUCCAUGAGGCAACCCCUGCAGAUCAUCGACAAGCAGAAGAAAGCGAUCUUGAAAGUCUUUGGCAUUCUUUUCCCAGGCGUGACACCCCCGACGGCCUUAUGCGUUUGUCGCGAAAAGUACAACCGGAAAGCCCGCUUGUGCCCGCAGCUCGUGCCGACAGAGCUGCUGGAGGAGCACAUAGAAGAAAUUGUGAUGCCCACAUCAACACUUCUUGCGGUGGUGCAUUGGAUUUCCUCGAGCAAGCGCAACUCCGAGGGCAGUUGCGAGAUGGCACGGGCACUGCGUGAUUGGCUCUACCCUCUGCGCAGCCUCCCACUCGACCAGGCCCCGGUAUCCUUGGACAGUGGCUGCGUGGACCUGGACAGGCCCACUGGUCCGGAGGACAGCUUCAUGGCGGAUCGUUUAUCUGUGGCAGAGUUGGUGGCCGCACUGCUUCUCCACGGGGGCAAUGACUGUUGGAGGGCCGGGACAAGCCUUGCGAAGGAUGCAGUGUGCUUCAUGGCCACAUAUGUCCAUAUCUAUGCUGAUGGCGGGGCGGCUGCCAGUAGGUCCCAUGAGGCUAACAAGCAGAUCGACCGCAGCCUAUUCCAGCAGGCAUGGGAGCUGCUGGCCAGAAAGACGGAAACCACAGUGGAAGCAGCUCUUGAUGCUGUUGGCCUUCACCGCACAGCCAGAACUUCGUUCCUUGAGGACGUCGCCGUAGGAGUUUCGCUGCUGUUAUCUGAAGCGGUUCUCUUCGAUGGCGGGGAUGCAGCACGACUCAAAGCCACGUUCUUCGUGAUGUGGUGCCCGUCCAUGAACCUCAUGUGCCAUCUUCCCUUCCAAGAGAUUGAUCCCAUCAUGCGAGACGGACUUGCGGAGCGGCUGCCACAGAGCUGUCAUGUUUUUGGAGACGUCAUGGAUGUCUUUGGCAACGGAUCCUGCGUGCAUCGUUCCUUGCUGGACAUGGACUACGAUGAGAAACUGGCGCAGCAGCCCGUAUGGGAGGGGUUCCAUGCCAAGAUUACAGCCGUGCAGGCGCAGGCGCAGGAGUUGAUGGACAGCAUUUCCCUACUCCUUGGUUUCAGCCACAAAGCUUCCGUGGCCAACAACUCUGUGAUCGGCCUAGAGUGUGUGCCUGGCCUCCCCCGAGAAGUCGCCGUGGACGCUUUCAGGCACGAUAGGGUGAACUGGGUUCUGGACGAGAUAUUACACCCAGAAGAUGUAGCAUUCGAGCACAUUGCGCGGCCUCGGCUGUACAUGGGAGCCGUGAAUGAGCGUAUGGCCCAGACAAUCUAUGAUCCUGCAGCGCUGCUUGAAUACUUCAAGCAUUGUGUCAAGAGGGACAGACCGUUGAGGCCUCGAGAUGCAUUAUGUGGCAGCACCUACGACGUGUAUGAUGACUGCUUGCGGCUGGCAGCCAUCCGCAGGACAAAGGCUGGGUCGGAUUUGUCGUUCAGCACUUCCGAGGCUUUGCUUUCCGGGGCUGAAAUUCGUUCUCAGUACAAUUACUUGCAGCGGUACGAGCACCGUGGGCGAGAUCGGCAGUGCUCUUGGGAAGAUUUCAUUGCACACACCGGUGAUUGCCCAGUGGGCGAACGCUCUGGCUGGUGCACUUGGACUGUGGCUAGCCACAAAUUGCCCACACUUCGCAAGCACAGUGGGCUCUACUGGGCCUUUGCUGCUGGACGCCACAUAGGGAUCCGCGAGAUGUACACUGCCAUGGGUUUCCCAGCCUUUGAUUUCCUGUUUCAAAGGCCUUGGAUGCCUCACCCACUGCCAUACAAUUGCUUCCCCGCCAAUUUCACAUGGCUUGAUGCAAAGCGUGCUCUAGGCAAUGCCCAGCAUGUGGGCUGUGUUGGAGCCUUCAUGGGCAUCCUGCUGCUGUCUUCUGUAAAGCUAGAUCGUCCCACGCCUUUCUUUGCGUAUUGA